AAAUUGUAUUGUAUUGUAUUUGUAUCUCAACAUAGCCCGUUUCGUGCAUUUAUAUUGUUUUUAUAUUUCCUCUAUCACAAUACUACAAUUUAAAUUUAAAAUAUUACAUUUUAUUUCAAUAUUGUUACAUUGAAAUAUUUCCUGUAUAGAAAUCUUGUGCUUUUAUUAGAAUCUGAUCAUUACACGUUGUUAGAAAGUACAUACUGUACUCAUUGGUCAGGUGAAUUGAAUUGUAACUCUUUCUAAAAUGGGUAAAUGUAUAGUGAAAGAAUGCAACUCCCGCACUCAAGUGGACAAAGCUAGCGACGGAAUUAGUUUCCAUACGAUCCCCAAAGAUCCAGUACGUCGAGAGAAAUGGGUGGAAGUGAUUCGUGUCCUACGCAAGGAUCCCAAAUGGAACGCGACAAACACAACCGUCAUAUGUUCGAAGCACUUUCGAAACGAAGACAGGGUUUUGUCCAAGUUGGACAACGGUCGUAUCUAUUUACUAGACGAUGCAGUUCCUCUGCUUGAUGACUCGCUGUGGUCGAACACGGAAUCAUCGGCAGCGGACGGCAAUGAGGGCGAUGUGAAUGGAUCUGCGGAUGGUCAACCGGCGAUGAAGACAGUGGUCAGGAAUCUGCCAAUAUGUCCCAAGUCGCGGCUGCCUUUUCGUGCGCUGGCGACCAGAACGAAGGCGGCUCGCUCCAGUCGUGCCAACACUGAUGUAAUGGCCACUAUGGUGGACGACAAUAUAACCGAUCCCACGAGACCGGUGAAGAGAAGAGUGGACGUCCUCCUGCUGAUGUGCCAGAUAAUGAUGCGGGAGAAGGACCACGAGAUCACGAUCCUGAGGAAGCAAGUGGAGAAGUUGACGAAGCACAAUCUAAAAUGGAAGUCCACGUUGCUCGAGGUGCAGCGGAGGACUGGCAUCAAUUUAGAGGAUCUGAUACAAAUGAAAGACGAAGACAUGGAGCCGCAGAGGAAAAAACCGAAAUGCAGGUUUGUACGUAACAUAUUAGGUAGUACGGAGAGGUUGAAGGAGAAGUGCGAGCAGCAAGGUGAGAACACAGCGGCCGUUCAAGUGCUUGAUAAUCAUAUACAAGUGAAAAUUGAGGUGGACAUAGAAGGUACCAACGAGGCUACCGACCAAUUAACCGACGAAUCCAACACCGAUACAGUCCCCGAGGAAACAAACGCUCCGAGCAUAGAGCAAGUUGUUAUAAAGAAAGAGGUUGACAUACAAUUCGAAUAUGACCCAGAAGAUGCGUCUUAGAUGUUUAGACUAAAUAAACUAAAUAUGUUCACGGCUGUAUUUUUUUUUGUUUUUUUUUUUUGAGAUAAAAAAAGGAAUUUUUCAUAUCGAUCCAACAUUUAAAAUUGAAAAUGUCGACGAAUUGAUAAGUGCAUCCUUUUUUUUAAGUCGGUGAAAAAUCAAAAUGUCGGUUUAAUAGCAAUAACUGUAGGGACACCGUUAAGCGGUGGAAAUACGUCUGUCCUUCUGAUAAUGAGGAUGAAGCGAUUACAAUAUAUAAGAAGGUACGUGCACUUACUUGAAGGAAUCUCAUGCGCCGCACUGCUUUCCACCUUUGACUGGAUGCUGUUAUAAAUUCUUGAUUGGUAGGCCUACACAAAUAUAUUUAAAUACACAAUAUUUGGUCUUUAAUAUGAAGAUCUCCUAGUUCACUGUUCGGUUAUAUGUUCUCGAUUCGCGACCGUACGUGAUCUCAAGCCGAGUGCAAGGACGAAUUCACCAACUGCCCUCCAACUUAAUAAUAAUGUAAUCGCUUCAUAUCCGCGAGGUGUGCGGACAUUCGAUUAAGAAUCGAAUAAUCGAUCGAUUUAAGCGCCGCUUGGGACGAUACAAUAACAAUAAUUCGGAAAUACAUUCUAAUGUUAUCCAUUAUUUGUUCGGAUUGAUACCUGCUGCUGAUUUUCACCACCAUACAUCACGCCACCAACUAAAGUUUCAUCCCAAUCAUCUGGACGAGUGGCGGUCCUCCACCGUGCGUUUGUCAAGGCACUUUCUUCCACGCACAACCAUCCUUUGGAAUCUACUUCCAGCAGCAGUAUUUCCGAACCGAUACGACAACAUAACCUUCAAGAAAAGAGUAUAUUCCUUUUUAAAAGGCCGGCAGCACACCUGCAAUGCCGCUGGUGUUGUGGGUGAUCAUGGGCGGCGGUAGUCACUUACCAUCAGGUG